GAGCCAUGCUCACGUCCCGGCUCUUCACGCUGGUGCUGGUGGUGCAGCCGCCGCGCGUCCUCCUGGGCAUGAAGAAGCGCGGCUUCGGAGCGGGGCUCUGGAACGGCUUCGGCGGCAAGGUGCAGCCCGGCGAGAGCAUCGAGGAGGCCGCGCGCAGGGAGCUUCUGGAAGAGAGCGGAUUGACUGUGGACACCUUGCAGAAGAUGGGGCAGAUCACGUUUGAAUUUGUGGGCAGCUCUGAGCUCAUGGAAGUUCACAUCUUUCGGGCAGAUGACUUUCACGGAGAGCCAAAAGAAAGCGAGGAAAUGCGUCCACAGUGGUUCCAGCUGGAUGAGGUGCCAUUCAAUCACAUGUGGCCAGAUGAUGCCUACUGGUUCCCCCUAGUGCUUCAGAAGAAGUUGUUCCGUGGCUAUUUUAAGUUCCAGGGACAAGACACCAUCCUGGAGCAUACUCUGAAAGAAGUAGAGGAAGUUUAAGAAGAAAAGAGAAGCUCUCAAGCCACAUGCUGCUGCCCACAGUGUGCUGGGAACAGUGUGACUGUUCCUUAUACUGCGUGUCUUCCUCAGCCCUCCAGCAGAGCGGACCGAUUCCCCUGUGGUUUGGCAAAUAACGUCCAGGAUUUUCUUAGAACAGAAAUAAAAGUAACAAAUUCCUCCAUUCUGUGAAGUCCCUGUCUGUACUAGGCUUCUGUGGUGCCUUGAUGACAGCUUCUAAAAACAUUAAUCCUGUCCUCCUUGAGAAAUUUGU